GUGUUAAUUGUCAUGAUUUAAAAAAAAUUUCAAGUCAAGAUAAAAAGCAACAUGUAAAUGGACAAAAUAAUUCAGUUUAUUUUGAGAUUCUCAAUGAUGAACAACAACAACAUACUACUAGUGGUGAUUUUAUUUUUUUUUAUAAUUUCAAUUUGUUUUGCAUCAAAAUGUACAGAGACAAGAAAAUCUCAUGCUACAAGUUGUACUAUUUAUUAUGAUUGUAUUAAUUUACCAGAUGGUGGAUAUGUCUGGGUACCUUCAAAAUGUCCUGAUGGACUUGUUUUUCAAGGGUAUUUGGGUGUUUGUGUUCUUCCAGGAGACACUUGGAAUUGUGAUGACACUAAAUUUUCUCAUAAAUUACCAAAUAAAAAUCAAUUUACCCAAGAUUUAAUUGAUCAAACAAAAAUCAACUAUCACGAAAUAAAUCCAACUUUAAUUAAUUCAACUGUAAGCAAUAAUUUUGAUAAUUUAUUUCCAUUAAUUGAAAUAAAACAAAUAUUAAAUGAUAAUAAUAAAAAUAAUAAGCAAGAUGAUAAAUCAAGUAUUUUAAUAAAUUCACAAGAAAAAAUUAAAACAUCAGCAAGUAGAUUAUAUUUUUUUAUAAAUUUUGGAACAUAUUUAAAUAAUAAAAAAAAUAUAUUAACAUCAUCAAUUGUAGAAAAUCCAAGUAAAAAUGUAUUUAUUAAAAUGAUAAAAAAUUAUAUGUUGAAUAAUCGUAAAACAGAAAAUGAAAUAAUUAAAAAGAACCAACUAAUAAGAGAAACAACAACUGAAGAAAGUAUUCAGAAUGAAAUGAUAUCAUCAACAACAAUGGAAAAUCCAACACAAUUAAUGAUUGAUGAAACAAAUCAUAUUGUUGCAAUUAUUGGAAAUCUUGGUGAAAAACAAUACGUGACAAUUGAACAAUACAAAGAAUUAUCAAAUAGCUACAAUGUUGAAAUUAUUGAUGUUAUACCAUGUGUAUCAGAAGGUACACGUUUACCAAAUUUAACUGAUUGUGCUAGAUACUACACUUGUGAUCCAAAUACAGCAAUAAUUCAUGAAUUUCGUUGUCCACCACAAACGGCAUUUAACAAACGUACAAAUUUUUGUGAUACAAAAAAAUAUAAAUCUUGUAUUAAAAAUCGUAACAAUAAAUCAACAACAAUUGAACAAUCAUCAACAUCAUUUUCAAUAACUGAAAAACUUUUGUCAUUUAAUGAUGAUGAUAAUAAUAAUAAAGAAAAACAACAAAGUGAAUAUUAUUGUGAAUCAACAGGAAAAUUUCCUGAUCAAAUGUCUGAUAAAUAUUAUUAUUUUUGUUAUUUAUCAAAAAAUUUAGGAACAAUUGAAUCAAUGAAAAUGUCAUGUCCAAAUGAUUUAAUAUUUUGUCAAGAUAGAAAAGUUUGUACAGCUAAAAAACUUUGUCAUAUUUCUGAUUAAAAAUGAAAUGUAAAAUAAUUACCUUGUGUUGGUGAAUUAAAUGCAGAUCCAAUUUCUGAUGAUGUAUCUGUACUUGAAGAACUAUGUGCUGGUGAUGUUUGAAUUCUCAAUGGUGUUGCAUAAUCAAGUUCACACAUGACAACUUUAUCACCACCGCCAUUAUUAUUUUUAAUAUGAUUUUUAUUAUCAUCAGGAUCAUUAUCAACUUCGUCAACAACAUCAUCAACAUCAUCUUCCUCCUCAUCGUCAUCAUAAUCAUCAUCAUCGUCAUCAUUAUUAUUAUCAUCUUCAUCAUUAUCAUCAUGAUUAUUAUUAUCAUUAUUAAUAUUAUUAUUAUUAGUAGUAGAAGUAGUACGUUGGACAUUAUCAACAUUUAUUGUUGUUGUUGCUGAUGAUGUUGUUGUUGUUAUAUUAAUAUUAUUAUCAGUCUUAUUAAUACUAUGUAAUUUAUUAUCAAUAUCAGUAUUGUGUUGUUGCUGCUGCUGCUGUUGAUUAUUAUUAUCAGUAUUAGGAUCUUGAUGACUUAAUUUAACCAAUUGUUGUAAUGCUUCAAGUACGAUUUGUCUGUUUGUUUUGAGCAUUGUUAAUUUAUGUGAUAUUGCAAGACGUCUAUCUGGUACAACAGCCAUUAAAUUAAAUCUAAUAUCUUGUAAUUGUUCACCAGUUGAUAUACCAAGACGAUCAGUUAUAACUCUUCUAAAUUGUUCUGUCCAUUCUUCAUGUUCUUUCCAUGGUCCAUGAUCCAUUGGAUAUGGUUUAAGAC